AUGUACGAAGGGAUUGACAACUUGAAAUCCCUUUACGACCGUGCCGGGAAGACUUUCUCCAGCGGUCCUUCUGCGGCACAGGAUGUGCUGCAUCGUACUGCUCGACCAGACCCAGUACGUCAAUCAUCAGUUGGGAGCGGGUCUCCCAAGUAUCCCAGGACGGGGGAUAGCCGCGCCACCGGACGAGAUAACUCGUCCGACGUCCGUUCACGUCGCGGUGGUUCAACAGCUACUCAACCAGAUAGCGCUGGCCACCGCGAGAGUCCUCUAAUGGAGGUGGAAGAGGAGGAGGGAAAGACGCUCUCCACACGAUCAUGGGGAUCGCAUCGAGCUGAGUUUGCCUUUGCUCAGCUUGAGAACGAGAGAGCUUUGAAGUAUCUGCGUGACGAGCUAAGGGUAGCUCGUGGGAUUGUUGAUCGGUCUCGGGCUGAGAUAACUGCUCUUCAGACCCUUGUCGAUGGCCACCAUCGGGAGCACAAGGCCCUCUGUGAGAUGCUCGAACGCAAGGGAGUUCUUCAUCGGAAUAAACAGCGUACUGAUGGUACGGCUUAA